UUGUCUACGGUCUGAAAAGACAUAACUAUAUGGAAUAGGUCUGAGACACAUCUAAUUGGAAGAGAGCAGUAUAUGGACAAAAUCAGUUACCUCAUUAAGUAAACAUUUGACCUAAUGUAGUACACUGAAUCCUUGAUGACGUGAUAUACCCAACGCGUAACAAGGGAGCAAUAGAAAAUGCCUUAAGUAAUUGUUGUAGCCUAGAUCGGAAUACCUUAUGAACGACCAGCGUUAUAAGACAAGGAAACCGUCGAUAAUGAUUAUGGAAAAGCAAGUAAGAAAUGGGGAAGUAUGGAAAUAUAAGAAGAGUAAGAAGCGUUGCGCAGCAGAUAAAGCAAAAAUUGUAUGAAUCAAUUUUCGGCCAAAGAAGAGGGUCUAUGUAAUUCAAAAUACGAAGUAUGAAUAAGUAACAUUAGAGUACUCCUUGCCACGGAUUUAUUGAAGAAACAGGCGUAGGUGAAUUAAUGACGUUAUAUCUGUCUAAAGAAACACAAUUGUAGUGGAAAUUCCACCAGUAAUAUUUUGGGAGGGGCAAGAUGCCGGACUAGCGGCACUAUCCAUCAGGCAUUGAAGUGUAGAUGUGAUGUUAACCGAACCAAAACAAACAUUGACGUAAGACCAGCAUGGCUGCCUCAGUACGUUUUAAUGUCUUAAAUAAGCAGUGUUUUGUGAUUACAGCGGCUUUACAUCGUCACUUUAGCAUCUGCAGAGUAAAUCGUUCGCCGAGAGGAAUUGCAAUUAGUGAGAGAAGGAGAAAUAUAUUGGUAGAAGAUGAAGAAGUGUCACACUUCAGACCUCCCGGAACCCCAAGGGAGCUGGGAGAUGAGGCCUUAAUGCCUUCGAAUAGGCCUCCCCCUAAAUCAUCUCUCCAGCCAUCUAAGGACACAAGAGCGAUCGACAGCGUCGAUCCCGUUAUUUUAAAGUACGCAAGUAUAUUGCAAGACAUGAAAAGCGAGACGCCCCAGGAGAAAGUCCAUUCCACCAACUUCGGGAUGAUCCGGUUCGACAACGAUAACGUCCCCAGGGUACACGGCCAGUUCGAUACCCUAGAUGGGCCUGAUAGAACAGACAGGCCUUUAGUCGAAAAAGAUACAAGGAAUGGAGAUUUUAACACUGCUGAACCUAGUGAAAUUCAUAAUACGCCUACCCAGCUCUGCCAAGAACCAGCUAUUGACCCAAUGCCGCAGGACUUGGCCGUUAAACAAAACCAUGGAACGUCGGCAACGCCUUCUGAGAAAACCACCUAUUUGACUGAAAGUGAAAGGAUCUUUGAUGAGCUUUUUGGGGGUCCUGACGAUGUGCCCAGGCCUAAGGCAUUAGAAUCAAAUUCCUUUGUUAGGCCUCAAACGGAGCGUGGUCACAAUUCCCCUGAGGGGAAGGAGGUUCCUGGUAGGCCCGUGCGUGAUACAGGAUUUAUUGAUGAGCAGUUUUUCAGCAGUGGAAUUUUACAGAGAGAGGCCAAUGUUAAUGAUGGUAAUGCUAAUUUUAAUACUACACAGAGAGAUGGAUACCAUGGCCCAUUACCUAUUGCUCAGGAUUUAGGCUCCACGAGUGAUUUAAAUUUCAUUGAUGAAACUUACUUUAAGCCGUCGUUGGAUGCAAUCAGAGAAAACCGCAAACCUCCCGUUGAGUUCUCUGAAAUUAAGGAAGAAUUGGAAAACGCGUUCUCUGAUAUGUCCGGUUUAGAGUCAUCGAGAGCACACAAGGAAGAUGAUGUAAAAUUACAAUUAAAUUUAACUCAACAGAAUACUUCGAAUAUAGCUCUAAGUUAUCUUGGUAUGGAUAAGGAAACAGAGUCACCCCUAAAUUUACAUCCCCAGAAAACCAAAAAGCAAGAGAGUUCACCCACAAAAGAGCCUCCUCCUGCAACAGCUUAUGAUUUUGUAACUAAGAAAAGAAGAGAGAUCCACGACAGCAAAUUUGGAUUCAACGAAAGUGAAUCGCCGACAUCUAAAGGCUACGAGAAAAUUCUAAGUUUAGUAAACGAGCAAACAGUACAUUCUUGUACACGGAUGGAAAUGUUGUCAUUGUUGAAGACUAGCAUUAUUUAUGAUGCAAAUGAUAUUGUUGGGUUGUACAAGCCGUAUGGAGUGACUAUGCAUGAGGGGACGUCAAGUGCACACCACACACUAGAGCAUUAUUUACCUGAGCUUGCAGGGCAUUUAAAUGCUGAGGAGCUUCAUAUGGUUCAUAGGCUAGACGCCAAAACAACAGGUGUAUUGAUCUUGGCUCGCACUCCAUCCAUGGCAUCCACUUUGAAAGAUAUGUUCAAAGAGCAAAAAAUCACGAAAACGUACUGGGCAAUUACCAGGGGUAUUCCAAGUCCUUUAUAUGGAACUAUCGACAUACCCAUAGCAGAGGGAUCAAUAAAUAAAAAGUAUCGAAUGGUUUUGAGACCAGACGUAGCUGGUUUCCGUGGAUCCACAGACAAAUGCCAUCGAGCCAUAACUGGAUAUCGAGUCCUUGGUAAAAAUGUGAACUCUGCGUGGGUGGAAGUGAAGCCCAUAACAGGAGUAAAACAUCAAAUUCGUGUGCAUCUUGGCUUUGGGCUUUCCUGUCCUGUCCUUGGAGAUCAUAAAUACUCAAAUUUGAAGAAGUUGGUCCCUCAGAAACUUCCAGGCGAUAUGCUACACCGACUCAAGCUCGAGCAGAGCAAAGUGAGAGACCUCCCUACCUACCUCCACAGCCGACGUAUACUCGUUCCAGAAAUUGUCAAAGGGAGGAAUGUUGUCAUACAAGCUAAGAUUCCAGCUUUCUUCAAUAAAACACUUAAUGCUCUCAAGUUGAAUACCACUAAAAAUAAAGUAAGAUAUGAUGGUUCAAGAUGUAUAGAUGAAUAAUGAGAAGUAAAGAUUUAAAAACGGUUUUAUGAAUGAUGUAUGAGUUGCAUUUUUAUACAUCACUAUGUAUGACGUCUGUCAGUCACUCACUUCCCUCCCGUGUUACUUACAAGGUCAGUUAUAUUAUUCAGCUGGUCCUGUAUGUACUAAUGAUAAGUACGGAAUAUAAAAAAACAAGGAUAUUUUAUGUACCAAGUUUUAGUCAACGGUUUAUUAAAUGUCAGAGUUGAAACAUAAAGCGCAUGUAAAUACAUCUUGUGAGAAUUGUGUUUAUAGUUGAUGUAAAUAUAUGGCAAGUCUGAAGAUGUAAAGUUUAGUAGACUCAUUUGUAUAUACUGUAGUAUCGUUAAUUUAGAAUUUUUUUUUGUAUAUUAUUUUUAUAAUAAACUAAGAUUUUU